AUGAGAGGAGCGGGUGGAUUCUACAAAGGCACCAACACGGAGCAGACGCCCUACUUUGGGGAUAAGGAAAAAAAGUUAAUUGAAAAAAUGGCCUGGCCAGAAAUUUACAACCAGAAGAUAGACCUCACUAAGAUCAACAUCGAUGUGGUAGGAAAAUGGAUUCACAAAAGGCUCAUCGAAAUUUUAGGAUUUGAAGACGAUAUAUUGUAUGAGUACUGUGUCUCUCAGUUGAGGCUCGACCAGGAGGGCAUCGAAGACGAGAGCGAUAACUUCCUAAACUCGAAGAGGCUGAAAAUAAAUCUCACCGGCUUCAUUGGAAAUAAGAAAAGUGAAAUCUUCGUCCAAGAGCUACUGGAACUUCUCAUUUCGAAUGAGCAGAACGAAGGAAAAGUUGUGGUAGACGAAAUGGAAACGAAAAGAAUAGAAAUGGAACAAGUAAAAAAGGAGAAUGAACUGCUACAGAGGAACAUUCACAAUUUAAGGAGCUUAUACACAGAAAAUGCAAGCCGGAAAGAAUCAACCCCAGUGGAAAAUGCCAGCCGAAAAACGGAUGACCCAAAUGGUAGACCGAAUGAUCAGAACAGGGAGAUCGAUGGAGACUCUCCCAAGCUCAGUGAGCACAUCCACAACAAGAAGAGGAAGAAACCAAGUAGAUGUUCUACUUCCGAAUCUUCCCGAUCCAGCAGCCAGUUAGAUAAAAAUAAAAAUUAUAAAAGGAGGAAAAAUAAAAUAUAUGUCAGCAGGAAAAAGCGUCACAGUGAUGAAGACACGUCAAAUGGUGCAGACGAGGAGGAGCGGGAGGAACCGAGUUCUCUUGAAGACUCCUCUUCGUAUGAGUCAAGGGAGGAAUUUAAAAAAAAAAAAAAAAAAAAUCGUAAACAUUUGUCAAGUGCAGAUAGUUCUAGUAGUGAGCACCGCAGUGAUAGACGCAGAGGGAAAAUGGACCUCCACAGAGAAAGGAGGAAAAGGCGAGAUCGAGGAAGUAGCCGCGACAGGGAUAAAAGUCGAAGAAGAGAUAGAAGUCGAGGAAGGGAAAGAAAAAGAGAAAGGGAAAGAAGCAGAGAAAGGGAGAGGCAUCGACACAGGGGAAGGCGUCGAGAAAGGGAACGGAGCCGAGGUAGAGAUCGAAGCCGGAGCAUAAGGAGGUGUCGCAGGGAACGCAGAAGGCAAUCGAGCGAGACGCCAUCCGACUCGAAGUCAAAUUCUGCAUCCAGCAGAAGUAUAGAGAGCAUCCAUAGGGGUCAUACAAUGAGGGAAAGGCGAGGCAAACAUGAACGCCCCCGGAAUAGUGUCAGUGUAACAAAAUCGGAUGGAAGAAGCAGUUCGUCGCCCUCCCUUUCACUUUCGUCCUCAGGGACGAUAAAAAAUAAGCAUCGAAGAAAGUUGGACACGACGAAUUGCAGAAAUGGCAGAGGCUCCUUGAAGGAGUUUGCCGACGACAGUACCCCAAAAUCAUCCAGAGAUUCCAAUGCGAAAGAAAUUCACAGUAUAAUGAAAAAGAAAAGCUACAACAGUAUUAAAAAGGGGCUUCGGGCUUGGUCUCCCUCCGAGAGUGAGAAUGGAUAA